AUGCUGCCGGGACCAGCGACAAUCGAACCAGCACUUAAGUGUAGCACCCAUGGAAAACUUGUUAGGUUUUUUGUUACAGAUGCAGCUUUACAAGCCAAAAAUGGCUCCUUGGGCCCAAACACCCUUUAUGAUGAAUUUAUUCGCCGCAAUAGCUCUAAAGAUAUCUGCAGCAUCCUAGCAGAUUAUAUUCCCGAGUGCAGCACAAAUAUCCACAUGCAAAUUCUUAAGAAGCUGAUAGCAAGACUUUGCCGGCACCCACUUGGCGAUAAGAUAGAUAGUCAACUUGAUCUUUUAUCUGCCAUCAUAAGCAAAAAACUGCCGUAUCGUGAAUACAUUCACCAUAUCGUAAGGCAGUCUUCUCGCUUUUCCAUCUUAAAGACCGCAUUCUCUCGGCUCGACCGUAAGGCUGGCAUCGCUACCUUUGGAAAGUUGUCUGCGACUCUUUUCACUGUCCUUGAAACAACAACCCCAAUGACCACGUUUAUCUCGCUUGUUCUAUCCUUCAUUAAAGAGCAACUUGAGGGCAUUAAGGCAGAGACCGGACCGGACUCAUCGAUGGCUAUUGACCUCUACGCUUCGUUCUUCUUCCGCUUUGUUCUACGCAUGCAGCAGGCAUAUAACCCAUUUUUCAUUGAUUGGCUUGUUCAAGAACUAACUACCACAUUCAUUAAGAACAAUAGAAAGGAUGAUGAUGGAUUCUCAAAGUCUGUCUCAUUCUCAUGCGAAACUGUUAUCGAUGGCCUGCACUUCUUCACCACUUGGAUGCUGAAGAGUCAUAACUGCGUCACAACCAUUGCCUGGACUGACUACCUGACUUUGUGCAGCUGUCUCUGUCAAAAGUUAGAUAAAACUCUCCCUCAGGCACAAGAGAUACUGAAAAUUCUGCUGUGCUUAGGGGAAACGCCAGAUGCUAUCUCUGUAAUGCAUGAGCACUUCGUGACGCUGGCUUCCCACCCAAACUCAUUAAUAAGACACGGAUUGGUUUACAUUGAGGCCAUAUGCUGGUCUGUGCAUGCACACACCAUUAUAUGUGGUUUGGAUUACCGCCUUUGUGCGUUUUUCUCGUCCGCUAUUGACACUCUUGGUAACAAAUUUAGCAGUGUUAAUCAAGUCUUUUCUGCCCACGGAAUCCGUUCUGUUUGCUUCCUUCUCAAUGCCUUUUUGAGAAUAGCUCCAGUUGCCGAGUCUUUUAGAGAGAAAGUGUAUGGAUUUCUUGAACGAAAAGGAGCUAAUAUCUUAGGGCUAUGCCUACUUCCUAAGUCAGACUAUCCUGGUGAUGUUUAUUUUCAUUUUACAUCUGUGUUCCAAGACCUUGCGCUUCUGUUCCCUGAGAUUAUCUUCAAUGCUUUUCUCCUGCUUCUAAGACGCAGACAGGGACAAAUGCACAACCUAGCAUCAGAUAAAACGCUUCUUUCCAUAAUAAUGCUUGCCCUCCGACGCUUCUCUUCAACUAAGCAUCAAUCAUUAUCCAAACCAGUCCUUCUCCAGCUCCUACAAUCACUGGAGAGACUGAUCCUGGCCAUUCACCGGACUGAUCACGGAUUCCUUUCACUGUUACAUGAUAUUCAUCAGGGUCUCAUCAGUGUAGCUAGUCUUACGCCUGGUGUAUUGCGCGUGCUCAUAGUUGAGCACGUCUUACCGCAAUUCAGGCAGUACCUGUGCAGCAAUGAUUUUGCGCAGUACCUGGGUCCCUUGUCCAUCUACUUGCGCUUAUUGGUGGAAUCAAAGAGCCUAGAAGAUGUUACUAUUAGUGGGGUUGCUGAGCUAUUUGAAAGGGCAUUUGUCCUCAUAGCUUCUCAAUUUCAACUCCUCAGGCCAGACACAGAUGCAUUGCGGUUCAGUAUCGUGUGUGAGCUCCUAGUAGAUAUCAUGAACUCUGGCAUCUCCUUUUCGCACACUCAGAUACGGCCACUGGUGUCGUUUCUACCUGUUAUAUGUGCCCAGAUCCACGAGACCAUGAUUUCUGAGCGGAUGAAAGCAGAUAAGAAAGAUGCAUGUAGCUACUUGUGUGCGACAUAUAAGGUGUUCGAAACAGUCAGUUCUCAGGCACACAAGCAUCUCUCGAAAUUUGAGCUGCACUCUAGUCUGGUAGAGAACAUGGGACCAGACAUCCUUCAAUGCUUGCGUCUGAUUCCCGAUGCACUAGAGAGCGUCAGUGUUCGUGUCUUGGAGCAAUUAGCAGUAGAAGCAGUAGUACAGGCAAGUAAGGUGUGUCCACUUCACGAUCUCUUUUGGGCACUCUUUAUCACCGAAGGUACUGUUUCUAGAUCAACAAGACUAGUCUUGUGUCAUGCAGCUGCUGCAGUCUUGCUCUCUGCUGGAGUUGGUGCUGCUCUCCCGUUCCUGCUCGUUCAAUAUGGCGCACUACCGGAUCGGGCCAUUAAAUUGUCAAUACUUCGCACAAUAACCUACGCAUUUAACAUGGUAUCACUAACAAGUACACAGAUGUUGCCUGAGAGCAGUAGAGAGAGCUGUGAAACAAGGUGCACCACAUACAUGGCACUCUUGGAGGGUACGGUUGGAGUUGCAUCGCAUGCGCUUGCAGAGAGAGACGGGUCUAUGCGCUUGAUGGGUAUGCGGGUGGCAGAGAGCAUGAUGCUAUCGUGUGUCCCUAUUCAGCAAGGGUCUCCUCUGCUGGACCAUCUAAUUUCGAUGGCCUUCCCCAACAUCUUAGACUUAUGUGAUAGGACGCUUUCUGACGCUUUUCAGGGGCUAUUCGAGGCGCUCUAUUAUCGGUUUGGAGCUGGCGUAGCCUCCUCGUUUCUGUUUGCAGGUCUAUUCCAUGUGGCACACAGAGUUAGACAGGCAUAUAAAUUAACAUGUGAUUCAGCUAAACUAUACAGUGGACUGGCUAUAGACCUUUUUGCGCCCAGCAUGGAUGAACUAUUGGCCUCAUCUCCUGCCUGCCUGCAGCCGCAGAACAUGGCGCAUCCUCCAAAGUCGAGCGUAUCAGUGCUGGAAUGGACAGUCGGAAGAAGACAGCAUCUUGACUAUGGCUGCGCAGACCUGUUUCUGAGGCUAUAG